AUGCCUAAAUGGUCUGAGGCUGCACUUUCUCUCAAAAAAGAUGGAUUACUGGUCAGUAUAUAUAUUUUUAUACUUGCAAAGCAGAGAGAGAUAGGAGAUAGGAAAGAAGUUGGACUUUGUCAAAACAACCACCAGGCUACCCAACACGCUUGGAGUAGUUAUGGAUGCUCUCCGGUGGGCUUCUUUCUAAGUCUGCAUGAAGGCUUGAAACAUGCUUUCGAUGCCAAGAACGCGCUUCAUUUGCAGCCUCCUGACCAACAAACACGAAAUGAGGAAGUGGUAAUAUUUUGGUUGAAUAUAGAAAACGAAAGGGCGGAGCUCCAGAUUCAACAAACUCAGUAUCAAUUCAUUGCAGAUAGGUCGAUUUCUAAUAAUAAAGCACAUGACUUAAUUGAAGAACAAAAGUUAGAUCUCAUUUCAAAGCGAGCAUUGGAUAUAGAAACUUGCGUCUUCAGAAAAAGACAAACUGUGGAAACAUUUUCUACGACACCAAAUAAGAUCCUCAGAACCACCAAUACGGAAGUGGAGUCAAAUAACGAUACAACAUUCAGCGAAGAAUCAGUGAAAACCUUUGAUGGGUGUCACCAAGACACUGUUGAAACUCCUCCAAAAUCAUCUGAAUCUGUAAGCGUCGACGAGAAUGAUGAGAAAGAGGAUGAAGAAAUUUUUUUUGAAUUGGAAGAAUUAAAAAAACGGUUUAAAUCUUAUUCAUUAAAUGAGUGGCUCGUAGGCACAAUUAAUGUGUCCAGCAAGUUCAAAGAAUACCAAAUGCAGUUAAUAGAAAAAUGUAAUAAAGGAGUAAAAAUAACAUGGAAUGAUAAGUACGAAAUAUUAGCAUUUUCGUCAAUAAUUGUGUUGGUUAGACCAUGCCCAUAUUCUACCUUUACCACUUAUGAAUGGGAACAAGUAGUUAAUACUAAUCCUUAUGCUGUUAAAGAAUCGAUUUUGACUAGCCCCCUUUCAUCCUCAUUAUAUGAAGCUUGCAGUCACGUUGCAACGGGCUUAGAUUAUGAUUUCGUAUCAUAUGACAAAAGCGAUUUAGGCAAAAAAGCUAGUCGAAUAUUCAAUAAUCUUAAAGAAGAUCUUUCACAGGCAUCCAAAACUAAAAUUACGGAAGAUGAGCAUCGGUUUCAUUUUUUAGAUCCAUUGUUGAAACCAUUUUUUUGUGGAGGUUUAAAGAAUUAUGAAGUAAAGUUAAAUAAAAAAGUAAAUGGAUCACUUAAAAGACCAGAUUUCAGUUGUAGAGUUGAUGGUAUUACGAUACUAAAUUCCGAAGUAAAACCAUUGGGAUGCACCUCUUUACAAAAAGAUAAGGAUUUUACUAAAGUACAUUUACGAUCAAAGAAAUCAAUAAAUCAGCUGUUAAAUAAAAAAGGGGGCCCAAAUCAAUCGAUGUUUUUUUUGAACAUGUGGGAUAAUUUAGAUUCAUAUUUUAUGGAUUUACAAUAUGACGGCAUUUAUCGUUCAUGGCCUUGGCUUUCUACAAAAUUAGUAACAGAAAAAUCAUCUUUUCCGUUGAUGGUAUUAACAAUUUACCAUUUGGCUAAUAUGGAGGAACAAGUACGGAGGAUUGCAAAUAAUUACGAAGAAAGAUCGGGCUCUUUCACUCCUCCUGAUCAAAUGCAAUACAUAAUUGAUGAACCAAAUUCACCUCAAUUAAAGGCAUUAUUGAGGAG